AUGGAUAUAUCGAAAGCUACAGGAGCAGACAAUAUAUCGGCUAAAGUCUUGAAGACCGCUGCUCCCUAUAUCAGCAACGUUGUAUCUAAUAUAUUCAAUGCAUGCUAUCAGUACGGUCGCUUUCCAUCUUCGUGGAAAACGGCGAGAGUGACACCAUUGUUUAAAGGCGGGUCCAAGACUGAUCGUGACAACCGAAGGCCAAUUUCCGUUCUGCCCUGCAUAUCAAAGGCGCAAGAAAUGUUCGCCAAUCUCGAUCUACAAGAAUUCGCAGCGGAGAAUAAUCUUAUCGGUGACCAUCAAUUUGC